AUGUGGGCGUCGGGGGACCAUCAGACGGGGGAAGAGAGGGCGGCGGAACCUGUGGAAUGCGCGGAAGAAAGGAGUUGGGGGGUGGAGACAGGGGUUUGGGAGACGGAGGAGGAGAAGUGGGAGGUUUCGGGGGCGGGGAAGGAAGGGGGGAAGGCGGAGGUUGUGGCGGAGGGCGCGGGGGAGGCGGGGGGAGGGGGAGAUGGGGGAGGAGGCGGUGGUUUGGGCGGAGGGCUGGGGGGAGGUCUUGGAGGGGGAGACGGCGGUGGAGGAUUCGGGGGCGGAGAAGGAGGCGGAGAAGGCGGAGGGAGCGGAGGAGGCGGGGGGGGGCUGGGAGGGGGAGGGGGCCGGGGAGGUGGAGAAGGAGGACGAGGGGGAGGCGAAAAAGGGGGCGGGGCGGGGCCGGGUCGGCGAACGAAAUCAGUGAAUCCGGCGGAGAGGGCGACGAGGGACAGCAACAGCAUCGCCAGCAAGUGCGCCGAUUGGCUGCGGUGCCCGCGCGUCACAAGGCGCUGCGCGCCGCGAGGGCUGACAACAACCGCGCAUGGCGCAGGCAUCUGCGCGCACGGUGUGACGGACGAGCGGGCGCAUGUGACAAGGUGCACCUAG